CAACCAAAUUCACUCAUUUCAUAUCUGUUUUUCCAUUCGCCAAAUCACAGCGCCCCAUUGAGUUCUGCCAAGAGGGAGAGGAUAGGAAAACGUGAACUUUCUGUUCUGGGGUGUCUGAAAGUCUGAAACUUUACCGGAAAGUUGAUGUCUCGGCAACUAGACGGUGAGUUUAUGGGUUCCCCUGAAAGUCCCACUACUUGGGUUUUCGAUGAUUAUGGGUUGCUAGAAGACGUUGCCGUCCCUGGUGGUGACUUACCUUCCCUUGAAGCUCCCGGGGCUCUUUGGUCCUCUCAUUCACUCGCCUGCUCCACUCCUCCCAGUGGAAGAUUUGACGAGUCAUUUGGGAAUUCCAGUAAUCUUAAUGAAACUGGCUCCCGUAAACGGGCAAGGUCUGGAUCAUGUAGUGUGUCUGGCUCCAAAGCCUGCAAAGAGAAAAUGCGUAGGGAUAGGUUAAAUGACAGAUUCCUAGAAUUGGGUUCAAUCCUAGAUCCAGGAAGGCCUCUAAAAGUUGACAAGGCCAUUAUACUGGUUGAUGCUGUUCGAAUAGUAACACAAUUAAGGGAUGAAGCCCAGAAGCUGAGGGACUCAAAUCAGAGUCUGCAGGAGAAGAUCAAUGAGUUGAAGGCCGAAAAGAAUGAACUUCGUGAUGAGAAGCAGAGGCUAAAGACUGAGAAAGAGAAUCUUAAACAACAAGUUAAAGCCUUGAGUUCUCAGCCAGGAUUCCUACCUCACCUUCCCAUACCAGCUCCAUUUGCCACCCCAAGCCAAGUUGUAGGUGGCAAGUUGGUACCUUUUGUUGGCUAUCCUGGAGUUUCCAUGUGGCAGUUCAUGCCUCCUGCUGCUGUCGAUACAUCACAGGAUCAUGUGCUCCGCCCUCCAGUAGCAUAAUCUGGCGUGCUGUUAGUUGUCUGCCUUUUCUUACGCAAAGAACUUUUGUCCAUGGAGAUUCUUGCCAUAAAUUUUGGCAGUUUUGCUUCUUGAAUUUUCUCUCCCCUUGUCUUGCCCCUUGGAAGAGUGUGAUACAUCAGGCUAUGUCAUCGGCAAACUUUAAGCCUUCUUUGUUGAUUGCUUUAGCAACUUGUUAUUCCUGUUAACCAAGUUGGGUGAUUAAGUCACGCCAGAGUUGGGAAGCUUAUAUUAUGCAGAGGCAGAUUGUAUUAAUUUACUGUCAAAUAAUUGCAAUCUAUAUGUUAAUGCUAAGUUUUUAUGAUGAAAUUCUAUUGGCUUUAUUUUCUCGUGGUCUGACUGUGUUGCAUCCUUCUAUAUUCUCUGAUACAUAAUGAAUGCUAGAGCAGAUA